GAUUGGCCCUCGCUUGCUGGGGGCUUCUCUCACCGGGACUUGGGACUCCCGGGAAGUGGACUGGCAGAGGCGGGGGGCAAGCUAGCUGCUUGCGGACCAAGUAGGAGACUCCCGGCGUGAGGCGGCCUCACAAGGCCGGGAGCGCUGGCGAGACGACGCGGCGGCUGCGGAGGCUGUGAGGAGUGUGUGGGACCGGGGCCGGCACUGAGGAACCAUGGCCCCGCAGAACCUGGGCACCUUUUGCCUGUUGCUGCUGUACCUCAUCGGGGCCGUGAUCGCCGGGCGAGAUUUCUAUAAGAUCCUGGGGGUACCUCGAAGUGCCUCUAUAAAGGAUAUUAAGAAGGCCUACAGGAAACUAGCCCUGCAGCUUCAUCCUGACCGGAACCCUGAUGAUCCCCAAGCCCAGGAGAAAUUCCAGGACCUGGGUGCUGCUUAUGAGGUUCUGUCAGAUAGUGAAAAACGGAAACAAUAUGAUACAUAUGGUGAAGAAGGAUUGAAAGAUGGUCAUCAGAGCUCCCAUGGAGACAUUUUUUCGCACUUUUUUGGAGAUUUUGGUUUCAUGUUUGGAGGAACUCCUCGCCAGCAAGACAGAAAUAUUCCAAGAGGAAGUGAUAUUAUCGUAGAUCUAGAAGUCACUUUGGAAGAAGUAUAUGCUGGAAAUUUUGUGGAAGUAGUUAGAAAUAAACCUGUGGCAAGGCAGGCUCCUGGCAAACGGAAAUGCAACUGUCGGCAAGAAAUGCGGACCACCCAGCUGGGCCCAGGUCGCUUCCAGAUGACCCAAGAGGUAGUCUGCGAUGAGUGCCCUAAUGUUAAAUUAGUGAAUGAAGAACGAACGCUGGAAGUAGAAAUAGAACCUGGAGUGAGAGAUGGCAUGGAGUACCCCUUUAUUGGAGAAGGUGAGCCUCAUGUGGAUGGUGAGCCUGGAGACUUACGCUUCCGAAUCAAAGUUGUCAAGCACCGGAUAUUUGAAAGGAGAGGAGAUGAUUUGUACACAAAUGUGACAAUCUCACUAGUUGAGUCUCUAGUCGGCUUUGAGAUGGAUAUUACUCACUUGGAUGGUCACAAGGUACAUAUUUCCCGGGAUAAGAUCACCAGGCCAGGAGCCAAGCUAUGGAAAAAGGGGGAAGGGCUCCCUAACUUUGACAACAACAAUAUCAAGGGCUCUUUAAUAAUCACAUUUGAUGUGGAUUUUCCAAAACAAUUAACAGAGGAAGCAAGAGAAGGUAUCAAACAGCUACUGAAACAAGGAUCAGUGCAGAAGGUAUACAAUGGACUGCAAGGAUAUUAAGAGUGAAUAAAAUUGGACUUUGUUGAAUAUAAGUGAAUCGGCGAUAUUUAUUAUCUGCAGGGGGUUUUUUGUGUGUUUUUAUUUUUAUUUUCAAUAUGCAAGUUUGACUUAAUUUUUUUCCUAAUAACCGUCAUGAUAUGAAUAAGAGGGCUUGAGUUUGUCCAUUUGCAUUCAGACAAGAAUGACCAGCAAAAGGUUAACUAAUACCUCUCCCUUUGGGAAUACAAUGUCUGGUGCUGCCACCUGAGUUUCAAGAAUUAAAGCUUCAAGAGGACUCCAGGAGCAAGCAAAUAAAAAGGGUUGGAGAUAAUUGUUAGUUAUUUCAUUCAAAAUGCCAACUGGAAAAGUCUGUUUUUAAAUACAUCUUGUUGUUAUUUUUUUCUUGA